GUCGUGCGUGCGCGCGCGCAACAAAACAGAUGCAGCACGCGAGAGGAGCGCGCUGCAGUGACAGUAGGAAACUACAGUCCGCGUGAAGCCAGCGCGAGGAAGAGACGCUGUGACAAGAGAUGUGCUGAUGACUGACCAAGCUACACUUUGGAGUAAAUGAGACAAGCUUACGUCUGCAGAAGAUGCCCUCCACUGCUCAUUUGCCAAGUUUGGAGGACGCUAUGGAAGAUUGUGCCUACAGUGGAUUGUUAAGGUUGUUCUGAGAUCGGUGGUUUUAUCAGCAGGGUCUCUUGGCAGCAGAGGGGGCUGUUAUGUGGCCCCCUGACCUCGGCCCUCCAGACGUGCAGCUCACUCUUCCCAGUUUUGGGAGUGUGUUCGAGGAUGCCGAGGAGCUUCAGGCGCCGCUAUCCUUCGGGGGCCUCUGCCAGUCCUCGCUACAUUCAGGAGGACUGUGCUCUCUUCCUAGGACCUCGCUGGGAUGCAACCCCAAUUCUCUGCCCAUAUGUAAGACAGUCGGACACCACUUAGAAAAGACAGUGGAGGAUUUUGUCAUUACGGGUCAAACAGACCUGAAAACCAACACUCAGAGGGUCAGCUGCUACCCUCAGCCCUCCCUUCCUAUCCCCUACCUACUGACCAGUUGUGCCCAGUCUCCAUCUUUCGAAUCACUACCUUCAUCCCUUUCCUCUUCUUCAUCGCCCUCAGUUCUUACUUCACACAUGCCUUAUUCUGAUUACCAUCGCAAAGUGUCUUCUCAAGAAAGUAAUCUACAUGAUGAUUACUGUUCAAUUAAACAAGAACCUUCAGACGAUUUCUCACCAUGUAAAAGGGAACCGUUUAAUGUAAGCAAUCAGCAGGGGGAGCUUUUCCGUCCAGGCCAGCAUCCGCAGGGUAACAAUGCUCAGGAUAUAAGGCAGUCCCCUCUUCACUCCCCCAGCCUCAGUAGACUAGCAGGACAAGACCGGGCGUUGGACCAGCAGGAGCAGUCAUGUCAUUGGAUCGACUGCAGUGCCACGUAUGGCAGCCAGGAGGAGCUGGUGAGGCACAUUGAAAAAGUUCACAUUGAUCAGCGUAAAGGGGAGGAGUUUGCAUGUUUCUGGACUGGCUGUGUCAGACGGAACAAACCCUUCAACGCUCGCUAUAAGCUGCUCAUCCACAUGAGGGUCCAUUCUGGAGAAAAACCCAAUAAGUGCAUGGCAGAGGGUCAGAACCGUGAAGACAAUAGUAGGCAGGAGAAACAGGAGGACAAACCAAAAUCUGUAAUCGUGAGCAAAGUCCAGGAUCAGAGGCAGGUGAUCAGAAGUCCAAUGAGGCACCAGAGGGAAAUCCAAGAUAAGGUGGAGAAACAGUUCCAGGUUAGAUCCUCCGGCCCCAAGCCCAAGGACAAGACCCCCUCUCUCCUCGAGCAGGCAACUUAA